AAUAGAUUAAACGGAAAUGCUGUAGCCACUGAUCGACGUAAUCAAAUGCGCAAAAAACAAUUAGAACACGAAGAAAUAAUGAUUCGUCAACAACAAAAUGCUAAAAAAAUAUUUAAUAAUAAAAUUGAAGAACAACAACAAAAACUACAAGAAACACCAAAACACCAACAAAUAUUAACUAAUGGAACUAGUACUUUACACAAACAAAUAGUGGUGGAACCUUCAAAACAAAGAUUGGAAAUGAAUGCAACGUUGGAUGAAAUGUCUGAUAAAUUCCAACAAAGUUUAAAUAUUGAAGCUAAAAAACAACAAAAAAUAUCAGAAAUGAAUGUUAUAAAACCUGAAAAGUUGGAAUUAGAAAAGGAAAAUAUUGAUGAGCCUUCAUCACCGGAAGAAAUAAAACCUCCUCCCGUUAAAGCACCCCCUCCAAUGAUCCCAACAAAUAUAUUCUCUCCAACUGAACACAAAAGUAUGGACUUCCCUGAACCUCCACCAGUUAAAGAAUUAACACCGCCUCCCCCUGAACCUUCUAAACCUAAAAAGGUAAUUAUUGCUGAUGAUGAUGAUGGAGGUGGCGGUGGAGGGUUUGCAGCGAUGCUUCAACGAAGGGCAAAGAAAAUGGAGAGUGGAUCAAAUCUUCGAAAAUUGGUUGAACCUAAAGCUUCGGAAUCUGAACAAAAAUGGAAAGAAGCUGGGGAAAGACUUAAAGAGAAACCUAUGAUAAUUAACGAUCUAGACUUCUCAGAAUUUAUUUCUGAUUUUGAACAAGAUCCUCUUGUUUUGACUAAAAUGGCGCAAAUGGCACAGGAUAGGGGAUUGUUGCCUGGCGGCGGUGGAGCACCUCCUCCACCUCCACCAUUAGUUGGAGCACCUCCCCCACCACCUCCUCCAAUGGCUGGAAGCGUUCCUCCACCUCCACCAAUGGGUCUUCAAGCUCCAGGCUCAGGAAAUCGUUCACUUCGGGAGCCUUCUCCAGGCCCAUCUUCUUCUAAAAAUUCUUUACUUAAAUUACAUUGGAAAGAAGCACAACACGAAGCCCCUCCAGUACCUGCCUUAAAAAGGAAAGGAACAUUUUGGUCAAAAGUAUCUGGACAGCCAGCACAGAUUGAUACAACAAAGUUGGCUAGACUUUUUGAACAAAAACCGAAAGAAGUUGUUGUUAAGAAAACCGGAACAGAAUCAAAACCACAAAUGUUACAAGUAUUAUCAGUCAAACGUUCCCAAGCCAUCAAUAUUGGAUUAACUAAAUUGCCCCCUGUAAAUGUCAUCCCAACAGCUAUUAGAAAAUUCGAUGCAACAGUUUUAAAUAAAGAGGGAAUUGAAAAAAUUCUUUCAACAAUGAUGCCAAGUUUAGAGGAAGUUGAAAGAAUUCGUGAAGCCCAAGCAGAACAGCCAGAUACUCCCCUCGGGCCUGCUGAACAAUUUAUGCUUUCUUUAUCAGAAAUUGAUUGUUUAUUGGAAAGAUUACGUUUGUGGUUAUUUAUGUUGGAUUAUCAAAAUGUGGAGCAGGAAGUUGCUGAUGCUUUGAUGGAAUGGAAUAAUGCAAUGAAACAGGUGGAAGAAUCAAAAACUUUCCGUGCUGCAAUGGGAAUGCUUUUAGCCAUUGGAAAUGCUUUGAAUGGCACAGAUAUAAAAGCAUUUCAAUUGGAUUAUUUAUCUCGCGCUUCUGAAGUUAAAGAUCCAGUACAUAAAUACCCUUUAACACAUCAUUUGGCAGAAUAUAUGAUUGACCAUUAUACAGAGGGAAGUGAUAUGUAUUCUGAAUUGGGUUCUGUCUCUAGAAGUUCUCGAUUAGAUUUUGAAGCAUUUUUUGAUAAUCUAAAAAAGAUGGAACAAGAUUGCAAGAAUUGUUUUGAUUAUGUUGCUAAAAUCUCACAAAAAGAUAAUAAUAGUUCGAUGAAAAAGAAAGUUAAUGAUUUCCUUACUGAAGUAGCUGAACGUAUUCAUCGACUUAAACAUGUUCAGAGAACUACUGCACAUAGAUGGAAUGCUUUUCUACUUUAUUUUGGUUAUUCUCCAAGUGAAGUUAAAGAUCAAAAACCUGUAAAUGUAUUUAAAAUGGUUAUUGAAUUUGCAUUAGAAUAUCGAACAGCUCGAGAUAAAAUAUUACAAACACGUAAACGUUUAGCUGAUAAACGUGAAAGGAAUAAAACAAGGGGAAUGAUGAUUGGGGCUGCACAAAAUGUUGCUGGAAAUGUAAUAAAUAAACGGAGAGGGGCAAAGGAAGGGGGUGCUGAAUUAAUGACUGAUAAAGAGAGACACCAAGAAAUGUCUCGUUUAUUAACCGGCGGUGGAGGGUUAUCAAACGGUGAUGAAACUUUAACUCGAAAGAAAUUGGGAACUACUAGGCCAUCACAAAGGCCAAUUAAUGCUGCAGAAAUUGUUGGAGGGGAUGAUUAUAAUGAUGAACUGCUUGAUGGGGUUGUUCGUACUGUGACGGCACAGACUGACACGCGUGAAGCUGGAAGGAGAAGGGCGAGAGUGUUACAUAGAAAAUCUCUUCGACGUACUCGAACAAUUCAACAAGAACAACUGGUUGAUUUAAAUAAUGGUCACAAUGUUACCUUAAGUUAA